UGCCCUAUAAAAUUUUGAGAUUUCUACAUACACAUGUGUUAUCAUCCAAUUUCUACAUUUUUAACAUAUCUACCCACAAAAACUUAAAAUUUUUUAAAUGCAGACCCUGGAGUAGCAAUAUUUCCUCCAACCGCACACAUUGCGAAGCAGCAUCACAAAAAUCUCCAGCCUUAUCUUCUUCCCCUCCUCCUCCCUCAGUCUCCCUUCUCCACCACCCAAAUGCAUGCACAAGGCUUCCUCCUCCUCCCCUCCACCCCCGCUCCAUUUUCCCCACACAUCCCAAACCAAUCACCAGCACCACCAAUACGCUGCACCUCAAACGACAACACGACGGAACGAACCCUCCCCCUUUCCAUAUCAGACGCCGAUCUCGCUGCCCGCGGCAUUCGCGUCCGGCGAAGCUCCGCCGGCCUGGACUUGGAAGCCCUGAACGCCGUGUUCGCCCGAGUGGGGUUCCCGCGGCGGGAGGCGUCGCGGAUUCGCGUGGCGCUGGAGCACACGGACGCGCUGGUCUGGCUAGAGGAAGACGGCGAGGGAGGCGAAGGGGUGCCGGUGGCCUUUGCGAGGGCGACGGGAGACGGGGCUUUCAACGCGGUGGUGUGGGAUGUGGUGGUGGAGCCGGCGUUGCAGGGUACGGGGUUGGGGAAGGCGGUGAUGGAGCGGCUUUUGGGGGAUUUGAGGGAUCGGGGGAUCGGGAACAUUGCGCUGUAUGCGGAGCCGGAGGUUGUGGGGUUUUAUCGGAUGUUAGGGUUUGCGGUUGAUCCGGCUGGGAUCAAGGGUAUGGUGUACUCCCGGAGGAAGAACAAGAGAUGAGCCCGAAAAUACUUCGGACUCUGGAGCCAAUAUUAUCUUAUCUGUGGAAUUUGCACAUGUGAUUGACGUUAAGGUGGUGGUAUUGUCAGGAUAUUUUAUUAUAAUAUAAUCAUAAUAU